AUGGUGACGACGGUAGUAGAAACCGGGGCGACACCAGCCGCCGCCCAGCCGCGAUCCAGGGGUGGGAAGCACCUCUGGAGAAAAGUGACAGACGUGGUGUGCUCCUGCUCCGGCAGCAGGAAGAAGAGCAACAGCAACAACAAGAACAGAAACGAGCAGCAUGCCCUCUCGCAGUUACAGCUUCAAGACACGAAGGACUUCAACUGGAGCACCUCGACCCUCGGGCUGGAAACCGACCGUCACACGAACAUGGGCCAGGGCCCCAGCAGCAUGGAGGAUGACAGAGAAAUUGAGAUCCCCCUUUCCUCCAUGCCGUGGUAUCCCCCGCCUCAGCAGCCGUCGCCAGCGCUCCUGCCGCCGUCUUGGCGAAGCGGCGGCAGGAGGAGGGGGACCGCGGCCGCCGCUGUCGCUGCCGGUACAGAGACAGGGUCGAGUGCAUCGCCAUCGCCAGCACAGAGGCGAGAGGGGCGGAGGAGGACGAAUGAUUCCUCGUAUGGAGCCGAUCGUGGCACCAGACGAGAUUCGGCAAGAGUCAGUAAUGUAAGACGAUACGAGCGAGAGAGGGAUUGGGAAUAUCAAACUUACGGCGCAUGGCUCAUAUUUUGA